AUGUCUGUUAAUACUGCUGCAGUUUUGACGACUCUCGAAGCCUUUGACAAGGCAGGCCUGAGCGAUCUGGUGACUGCCUCCGAUACGAAACUGUACAAGGCGCGCAUCGAAUCUUUCUGGUCCCUCACGGCGCAGAAGAAGCCGCACAGUAUCGUGCAUCCCAAGACCACCGAGGAUGUGGUCAAGAUCGUGAAGGCACUCGCGGCAGAGCCACAUUGCCUAUUUGCAGUUCGCGCCGGAGGCCACUCCACUUGGGGCGCGAGCAACACGGAUGGCGGGAUCCUAAUAGAUCUGGGUCUUCACAUGCAUGGAGCCACAGUGCACAAUGACAAGGGCAUUGUCUCAUUGCUUCCGGGAACAAAAUGGAGCGAGGCCUACCAGGAUAUCGCUGCAGAGAAUAUCUCCAUUGCUGGAGGCCGCACAGCCUCUGUUGGCGUGUCGGGACUGCUCACCGGCGGUGGCAUCUGGUGGUAUAUUCCACGCGUCGGGUUUGGCUGUGACCAGAUUGUCAAUGCAGAAAUUGUGCUGUCCGAUGGGCGAGUCGUCAGCGCCAACAGGGACGAGAACAGUGACCUGUGGCGGGCACUGAAAGGAGCUAGUGCGGGCAACUUUGGUAUCGUCACCCGUUUUGACGCGAAGACUAUCGGCUGGGAAGGCUUGUGGGGUGGUAUGCUUCUUUCAGAGCCGACGGAGGCAAACAUGCGGCGGCACAUCCAGUCCAUGAAAAACUUUACAAACGGAAGCGAGUCCAGGCCAAACAGCUCCUAUAUUGUGCUGUGGAACUAUGAGCCAACGACGUUCAAGGACAUCAUUAUCACCAGCUUCGCUGCCAAUACAAAGGGCGAAGAAAACCCACCGGAGCUCGAGGAGCUGCUGGCGAUCCCGGCCACUGUGAAGGAUUUCAAGCACACAACCCUUGCCGAUUUUGCCAAGACUAUGGAGCAGCCGGAAAGCUACUACAACUUCUGGUUCACGACCACCUUCCUCAACGACGAUCGCAUCAUGGCAAAGGCAGUCGAAGCACACAUGUCGGCGGUGGCAAAGAACAAAAAAGUCAGCAAGACGGGCAAGGCCGAAAUGCUGUCGAUGUUGCUCUCGGUCAACGUCAGCGAGGAAGAGAUCUGCGACUACGGCUACGAGGUGGCAAAAGAGUACCUGAAAGAGGUCGACGAUUACGCCAAGUCGGUGGAUGGGUAUAUACCGUGGACAUACUUCAACUAUGCGGACAAGGCGCAGAACCCAAUGGCCAAACUUCUGGAUCCAGAGAAUCUAAAAGCUGUUGCAGCCAAAUAUGACCCUGAGGGCAUCUUUCAGACCCGGACACCUGGGUUCAAGGUUUCCCAGAGCUGA